AUGAACGUUUUAAGCCAUAGUCCUUUUUGGAGCAUUGUUUUUUGGAAAGGUAUGACGAAUGAAAAUCGUACGCCUUCACUCUUUUUAACAUCUGGUUACUCAACUCCAAAUCCAUCUCUCUCGAUUACUGGGCGUAUUGACAAUGGAUUUACGGCGAAUGAUUAUGGAUUCCAACUUAACCAAUGGUAUCAUAUAGCAUACACACUUUCAGAACCUAAAAAACGAAUGAACUUCUAUAUAGAUGGUAAAUGGAUCGGAUCUUACACUAUCACAAAUGUUCAGAGUCAAUCUAUCAUAUUUAAUGAUGGUCCAUUAUACAUUGGAAAGCAUCUCACUUGGAGUGGAUUUACUGGACAAAUUAGGUAA